AUGAGUCGCCGGUUAUUCACACGGAUUGCUGAUGAUUUGGCGGGGCUAGACCCGUUUUUCACGCAACGACCCGAUGCUCGAAAUUAUGAAGGGUUCACCACGUUACAAAAGUGUACUGCGGCCAUUCGCCAACUGGCAUACGGGACAGUGGCCGACGCUUUGGACGAGUACUUACAGAUGUCAGCAAGAACUACGCGGGAAUGUUUGUAUCGGUUUUCCCAUAAUGUUGUGAAACUGUAUGGCAAAAAAUAUUUGCGGAAACAAAACGCGUAUGAUGUUCAACAGUUGUACCAAGCUCAUAAAGCACGGCACGGGUUUUCGGGAAUGCUCGGUAGCAUUGAUUGUGAUCCGGAGUUUGUUGUUAUAGACGAUGUUACUUCAGAUGUUCUUACAACAUUUAUUAAGAAAGAAAAAAAGCUCAAACCGAGCCUAGCUUUGAUAGUUUUCUGA